UCACGGGAGCGAAGAGACGCUGCACAGCCCUAUAGGCGGAGGCGCGCUGGCCGCUGCGGGAGCAGAGGUAUAAAAGUGCUGUGAGAACGGGGCGAGCGCCACCGCGGGCUGGGGUGACAGAGGCGGGUGGCAGUCCCGCGCGAUCCUGAGCCUCUCUGCAUUCCGGAGUUCCCUCUGCGGUCCAGACUCCCCGCGGAUCUCCGUUGCCUCUCCAGUAGGGACCCAGCGUGGGCCAGGUCCCUCAGAGGUCGGGGCUUCCUCUGGGCUCCGCGCCCCUCAUCCCUCCUUCCUUCUGCCUGGCGAACCCCUGUAGACCGGUGCGCGGAGCGCCUGGCGCCCAGCCCUCGCGCACCGAUCCCGGCGGGGAGUCUGGCCCUUGUGCCCAGAGCCACAGUGGCUGGGCGUGAUGGUCCCUCCUGUCCUGCUGCUCUUUCUCCUGUCCUCGGUGCGAGGCACUGAGCAGCCGCAGGUCGGCACUGAGCAUCCCAGCAUGGAGGCAUCCCUGACCGGGUCCAAUGCCUCACACUUCUGGACCAACUACACUUUCUCCGACUGGCAGAACUUCGUGGGCAGGCGACGCUACGGGGCCGAGUCUCAGAACCCCACGGUGAAGGCCCUGCUCAUCGUGGCCUACUCUUUCAUCAUCGUCUUCUCGCUCUUCGGCAAUGUGCUAGUCUGUCAUGUCAUCUUCAAGAACCAGCGCAUGCACUCUGCCACCAGCCUCUUCAUCGUCAACCUGGCCGUGGCAGACAUCAUGAUCACGUUGCUCAACACACCAUUCACUUUGGUCCGCUUUGUGAACAGCACAUGGGUGUUUGGGAAGGGAAUGUGCCACGUGAGCCGCUUUGCCCAGUACUGCUCUCUACAUGUCUCAGCUCUGACGCUGACAGCCAUCGCUGUAGACCGUCACCAGGUCAUCAUGCACCCCUUGAAGCCUCGGAUCUCCAUCACCAAGGGCGUCAUCUAUAUUGCUGUCAUCUGGGUCAUGGCCACGUUCUUCUCGCUGCCACAUGCCAUCUGCCAGAAACUGUUUACCUUCAAGUACAGCGAGGACGUUGUGCGCUCCCUCUGCCUGCCAGACUUCCCAGAGCCGGCUGACCUCUUCUGGAAGUACCUGGACCUGGCCACCUUCAUCCUGCUCUACCUGCUUCCACUCUUCAUCAUCUCCGUGGCCUACGCCCGUGUGGCCAAGAAGCUGUGGCUGUGUAACACCAUUGGCGACGUGACCACCGCGCAGUACCUCGCCCUGCGGCGCAAGAAGAAGACCACCGUGAAGAUGCUGGUGCUUGUGGUCGUCCUCUUUGCCCUCUGCUGGUUUCCCCUCAACUGCUACGUCCUCCUCCUGUCCAGCAAGGCCAUCCACACCAACAACGCCCUCUACUUUGCCUUCCACUGGUUCGCCAUGAGCAGUACCUGCUACAACCCCUUCAUCUACUGCUGGCUCAACGAGAACUUCCGGGUUGAGCUAAAGGCAUUACUGAGCAUGUGCCGAAGGGCGCCCAAGCCUCGGGAAGACAGGCUGCCCUCCCCAGUUCCUUCCUUCAGGGUGGCUUGGACAGAGAAGAGCCAUGGUCGGAAGGCUCCAACAGCCAGUCGCCACAUGCCCUCUUCCCAGGUCCAGUCUGGGAAGACAGAUCUGUCCUCUGUGGAGCCCAUUGUGGCCAUGAGUUAGGGGAAGCAGGAAGAAGUGGGGAGGGCUCUGUCCUCUCGUGAUGGACUGGGUGCUCACAGUGUCAGCGAGUCCCACAGAAGCAGAGAGACUCUUGGGUUCCUAGGAACCUGUCCAGCUUCCUCCCCCCGUGUGAUGUGCAUACCACCUAGAAGAUGCCACAAGGUGUUGUACCAAGAUCUUUGAGCAAGAGCCGUGACAGCCACCUCGGCUCCAACAGAGGCUGGCUCAGUCAACCACCUCCAGCUAUCCAGAACCUGCCACCUUGCCCUUCCAACUGCUGAGCACUCGCAGGGGGACCUGAAUCAUACUUGGUGAUCCAAAUGCCCAGAAAACAGCUUUGCUAGCCGGGAAGAACAGGCACAAAGGCUUUCAGAAGUCAUUGAACCAAGCAUAACCACACAUCUUCAAUGGCUCUGGCUCUCCCCAUCCAUGACCAGACAGGACCCAUUUUGCCUUCUUAAAAUAAAGAGAAAUUAAUUAGUGUUACCACUUUUAAAAGUUCAGAGAAGUGCACAAAUGAAUUAAGAUCAGCCCGAUAGCCCAUCGAUUUGUAAAAAUGCCUGUUAAUGUGCUGUGAAUUUGUCUGUAACUCUGCCCUGUGUGUGUGUGUGUGUGUGUGUGUGUGUGUGUGUGUUUGCACUUUUGAAAUCCUGAACUACACAUGCCCAUUUAGAUCAUAAUAAUUGGCGAGAAGCAGACCACGUCAGGGUACGACUGAACUCCCCCAUGAUGAAUGGGGCCCCUCAGUGCAACUGAAGAGAAGAGAGGAGGGCAAGCUGAAGGCUGCAGCCAACGGUGGGUGGGGCCUGCCCUCUCCUGGAUGAUAGCCAUCAAGAUGAGCAGCAUAGGAGAGCUGGGGGUAGGAUUCCCCCAUGCCCACCACCCCCAGAAAUGAGAGGGGCGAAGUACUGUCCUGUUUUCACGGGCAAUGAGGGGACUUGCUUUCCAGUAAGCUGGAAAUAAUUGUGCUUAGACACCUCAUCUGCCCGAGCUGUCUAGACAGGACAUGUCUCUUUGUUGUCUGAAAGAUGAGAUUUUUUUCACACCAAUUCCUGAAGGAAGAUUCCCCUGUCAACAUCACCUGAGAAAUUCAUGACUCAUUUUCCAAAACCUACGGGCUUCUUAAAGCAACUUUAUUCCCUAAGGGCCCAUUGUUGGAGAAAUCUCAUUCCAGAUAGUUGGUGUUCUCAUCAUCCUGCAUGUGGUCUCAGUGGCCUCCAGCGUCACCUAGAGAGUGCUGUGUCGGGUGGACUGAAUCUACCCCACCCCCCAGGGCCAGAGCAGCCCCUGCAGCUGCUGUGUGUGCUUUGGACUCCCAUCUCAUCACGGAGAGGUCUCCGUGGAGUGGGAAACUGAGUCUGAGGGAGGAGAGGCUCGUCCCAGACUCAUUUAGAACUCUCAGUUGUUAACUGGAGCACAACUUGACUACGUCUACUUCUCUGUAACAAGGGUAGUUUUUAAAUCUAGCUUAUCCACGAGAAGGCUAGAAAAUUUCCAAGAUAAAAUGGAACAGCAGAUUUUUUUUAAUGACUUGAAGAGGGCAGCAGGAGAUUUCUAACUAUAAAGUGGGUUUGGGGGUCACAGCUUCUGCAUUUGCCCCGGUCCCUGUAAUGUCAGCCUGUAGCUGUGAGUUGCAUUUUCUAUGUGGUGGUGGAGAGCUGGGGCACUCACUAGCCUGAGGACAGGCUGCAGAGACUUACCGAGCAUGUGUCUUCCCCUGGGAAUUGUGGGAAAAGCUGCAGUCAUACCUCCCUGAGGGCAGCUAGAGAUAGCACCACACAUCACAGAGUCAGCCUCGGGUCUGGGUCUCCUGCUGGCACCUGUCUGUCCCCUUUCCUGCUUUCCCGUAUGCUUCCAAGCAAACGUGACUAGUAAUCAUGAAUGUGGUCUUUGUGAAGCCCGAGUUUGUCCAAUCUGCUGUAAAGUUGCUUUGUUGUAAAUCACUCUAGGUUCAGUAAAACCUCUACUGUG